GCCCUGCCCAGCCUUACACAUACACUGAGGCCCAUAUAGUCCCACACAGGUCCUGCCCAGCCUUACACAUACACUAAGCCCCUGCCCAGCAUAACAAACACACUGAGGCCCAUAUAGUCCCACACAGGACCUGCCCAGCCUUACAUAUACACUGAGGCCCAUACAAUCCCUGCCCAGCCUUACAUAUACACUGAGGCCCAUACAAUCCCACACAGUCCCUGCCCAGCCUAACAUAUACAUUGAGGCCUGCCCAACACAUACACUGAGGCCCAUAUAGUCCCACACAGGCCCUGCCCUGCCUUACACAUACACUGAGGCCCAGACAGGCCCUGCCCAGCCUUACACAUACACUGAGGCCCAUAGAGAGCCCCACACAGGCCCUGCCCAGCAUUACACAUACACAGAUGCCUAUAUAGUCCCACACAGGAUCUGCCCAGCCUUACACAUACACUAAGGCCCAGACAGGCCCUGUCCAGCCUUACACAUACACUGAGGCCCAUAAAAAAAUACCGGCCUUCCUAUAUAUUUAUCUUUUUCCCUAUUAAUGACAUUGGGAUCAACCAUCAUUUUUACCGGCCAGGUGGCAACCCUAACUGAGGCCCAUACAGUCACACACAGGCCCUGCCCAGCAUUGCACAUACACUGAGACACACACAGGCCCUGCCUAUUCAUACAAAUACACAGGGCCCAUACAUAUAUUAUGUUUAGUUGCUUUUCCUUUUUUUGAGCAAUACCCCUCUCCAUAUAUGUUUGCGACUGUGCAAGAUGGCGCCCCUUUCCUGUAACCCCCCAGAGUGGGAAGAUGAUGAGCGGAUGUCUUUCCUGUUCUCAGCUUUCAAACGAACACGUGAUGUAAACACCUGUGAUUGGGACGGCAAGAUGAAAUUUUGGAUCCCUCUGAUCCUUACACAUGCCAGGGCCCAAGGACUUCUCAGUAUUACACUUAGCCAACUGGAAAACGACUUCAGGCGCAAAGGCUGUGCACCGAUGGGACUGAGAACUGUUAUCCAGGAGAUGAUCAGGCAAGGCACGUUGAGAAAGGAGACAGAUUUUGUGUCAGGUGUCAGCAGUGGGUGGCUGUCUUGGGGCAUGAGGCAACUGGUCAUUAGACCUCUUCGCUGGACGAUAGGUACAAUGCUGGGAAGCCAGGUGGGCCCUGAUGAGCCACUAGUGAUUCCUGAAGUUAUAAAGGAGCGUGCGGCUUUGGUGUUGCAGCGAUACCAGUCAUCCACUUUUCGCUCUUUCCCAUUGCUGUGCGAGGAGGAAGUGCACACCCUUUGUGCAGAGAUUUGCCCUAACCCCUCUGCUUUGAAUCUGGUGCUGCUUCAGCUGCAGGGAGAUAAGAAGAUUUGUGUUUUGGAGAGAGCUGGACAGAAGUUAGUAAAAUUUGUCCGAGUAAGUGUGGGGCAAGUGGAACCAAUUAGCGAAUCCGACCUGGGGAUAUAUCAAUUACAGCAGGGCGAAAAACUCCUGUCAGAGCGACUUCAGAGUGCAGGGGAGGAGUCUAAUAGGCUGACGGAGGAAGCCAGAACCUAUAAUCGGGCAGGAAACAAGAACCAGGCUCUGCGUUGUUUGCGGAAGAGAAAGCUAGUGGAGCGUCGCAUUACGGAGCUGCAGAACAAGCAGGACAACAUACAGGGAAUCUUGGAGAGGAUAUCGGCUGCCGAAACAGACCGCAAGGUUGUCUCUGCGUACCAGAUGGGAGUCUCUGCUCUUAAACAGGCCCUAAAAGAUGUCACUUUGGAGAAGGCAGAAAGUAUUGUGGAUCAGAUUCAAGAGUAUUGUGAUCUCCAGGAUGACCUCAGUCAGACACUGUCCUCAGUCACCGACGCAGAUGUUGACUCUGAUGAUUUGGAGAGAGAACUCAAUGAAAUUCUCCAAAAUGAAGAGAUGAUUAUUGACCUUCCUGAUGUUCCUUCAGGCCCAGUGAUCAUUUCUCCCCAGCGCCCUACAGAAUGGAAGAUGGACCAGGCUGCUCAUUCUCCAGCAGAUGGAUCGUUCUUGAGGUCUGUUCCAGAGCCAAUGCUACAGUGACAAUACCAAAAGGUUGACUUUUAUGGCUGCUUGUCCCCUACUCACAGGACCUAUGCUGAGGAACCACUAUGACUCUAAUGAACCAACAGAGUAAUUUCUUAUGACCUUUAUGAUCAUUUAUGACACCCCAGACCCCUCUAUAAGACUUGAGAGGACAGAUACUUGCAUAAAAUCAGGGGUACUGCCAAACAGAGCCUCAUUUAGGCUGCCAGCCCACAUAGGGGGUACCAAUAGCAAAUCACAGCACUUAUUUGGCACCCCCAGGGAUGUUUUUAUUGCACGUGUUGCUCCCCAACUCUUUUCACUUUUGAAUAUGGCUUCUGGGUAAAAAAAAGUUGGGGAUCCCCACUCUAGAACCACUAAAAUGCUGCUGAGUUUGGGCUAUUCAGGCUUGUCCUAAGUGUUAUACAUUCUUAUUAUGUAAACUGUAUUAUCCAAUCAUAACAAAAUCAGCUGUUUCAUACAUUAUUUCAGACAAAUGAAUACAUAAAAAAUACUUUAUGCCAAAUGUAAUGUAAGUAAAAUUAACAUUAACAGUU